AUGAGAGUUCUUGCAGUCACAGUCUUCCUUGGACUGGCGUCCUACGCCCUGUCCGAUGGACUCCAUCACCUCGACAUUGCCCGCGUUGGCAACGUGGGCUACGUUGCCCGAGGUCCUGGCGCCCUCGAGUACCACUCCAGCGGAGGCGUGGUGCCGGCCGGCAUCCCCAGCGUCACCCGAGGACUCGCUCAUGGAGGACAAGGUGCUCUUCUAGUCGGCCAUGCCCCGGCUGCCGUCUCCGUCAGCCAGGCUCCAGCGGCCGUUGUGACGCAGCGAGUGGUUCAACAGCCAUCCACCUAUACCGUCACACAGCCGGGGUCAGUCCGGGUGGUUCAGCAGCCAGCCACCUACACCGUGACCCAGGGUCCCUCCUACGCCGUUUCCCACACUCCUGGAGCCGUGCUCACCCAGGGCGCCCUCGUCAGCCACCAGCCCGGCGCCGUAUACACCACCUCCACCCCAGGCUACGCCGUCGCCCAGGGAGUCGGCCUUGUUGGUCACGCACCAGGACUUGCCGUAAGCCAGGCCCCGGGAGCGGUUGUUAGCCACGGAACCGUUGUCGGUCACGCUCCAGGGGCGGUCGUCACUCACACUCCAGGCGCCUACGGCGCCUACGGUGGAGCUUACGGCCUUGGCCUCGGAGGCACCCUCACCCUCGUGAGGCCCGGUGGAGCCUACAGUUACGGCAUCGGAGGAGCCCGCUAUGGUCUCGCCGGCGCCACACUCGUCCACGGAGCUCCCAGCGUGAGCGUGCGUCCCGGAGCCGCGUACGGCCUUGGCUAUGGAGCCGUGUCCUACACUCCAGGCAAGGUCACCACCACCACCAUCCCAGGAUCGGCGUACGGCGUUGGCUACGGAACCGUGGCCUACCGCCCAGGCAAGGUCACCACCACCACCAUCCCGGGAGCGGCGUACGGAUACGGCGGCCUUGGCUACCAGACUGGUGGCGCCCUCACCACCGUCCGGCCCGGAGCAGUGUAUGGUUACGGUCUUGGCUAUGGUCUCAACUACGGACAGGCCGGUGCCGUCGCCACUCCUGGUGCUACUCUCGUGCAGCACCAGCCCGGCUACGCCUACGGACUUGGAUACGGCUACCGCACCGUCGCUGUUCCUCAGGUCACCUAUCACACCAGGCCAGUGAGCUACGGCUACGGAUACGGCAUUGGCGGUACCCGCUACGGAGCGCUCUACUCCCCGGGUCUCGUUGCCCACGGCGCUUACGGAGCUCACGGAAUCCUGGGUCAGGGCGCAUACCUUCACCAAGCUCCGGGCGUUGCCAUCUCCGGCUACAGGACUGCUACCGUAUCCACUCCAGGCGCCGCUGUCGUCCAGCAUGCUCCAGGUGUCGCUGUGACUGGCUACAGGACCGCCACCAUUUCCGCCCCCACCACCUACGUCCAGCAGACCCCUGGCGUCGUCGGCAUCGCCGGCUACCGAGCCACCGCCGUGUCUGCUCCAGCCACCCUGGUCCACCAGACUCCAGGCGUCGCCGUGACGGGCUACAGGGCCGCCACGGUGUCCGCACCUGGCGCCAUCGUUCAGCAGACCCCAGGCUACGGCAUCGCUGGCUACCGCACAGCCACUGUAACCAGCCCCGGUGCCACCCUUGUUCAUCAGGUUCCCGGUUCCCUCGCUCUCACCGGCCAGUACGUUCAACAGGGUCCAACCACCGUCACCGUCAACCCGGGACGCGCCUUCACCUACGGUGUCGGAGGUCUUCGCUACAACGGCGCUGCUCUUCAGGGCGGCCUCUACGGAGGCCUCCGAGGUGCCGCCCUCGUCAGCCAGGGCCCCGCCUACGCCGUUCAGCCCGGUGGCGCCUACGGUCUGGCCUACGGCUACCGCGGUGCCGUCGCUCCCACCACUGUCGUCCACCAGGCUCCAGCUGCUUACAAUUUGAGGGCCGUCACCACUGGCGUCCCUGGAGCCGCCCUCGUUCACCACACCCCAACCCUUGCCGAGCUUAGGCAGCUUAUCAGCUACGGCUACGGCUACGGUCUCGGCGGUGUCCGCUACCACCACGGUGCUCCCGCUGCCGUGGUCCACCACGCUCCAGCCGGAGUAGUCCACCAGGGCCCAGCACUGGUGGCUGGCGUUCCACAGACCAUCGUUCACCAGACGCCGGCUGUCUACAGCGCGCAGACGCCCGCCGCCAUUGCCCAGUACACUCAGAGGUACAUCAGCUAUGGUCCCACUACCGCCAUCAAGUACACCGUAGACCCCAACGUCGCCCAGCUGCAGCAUCUGAAGAAGUAGAAGGUUUCUCAUCUCCAAGUCCUCCGCGGGUGCUGGAGUCGAAAGCGGAGGCACGCUUUCUUAUUUAUUCCACCGGACCCACGUCGUCACACACAGGCCGUUCUUCCUCGUGGCAUCCCGCAGUCAUCGACAGCACGAAAGGAACGACCAUUCACGUCAAUAAACAAAAGUCUGGCAUCCCACA